AUGCUUCACCGUACUAAAUACAACCGCUUCAGGAAUGAGUCUGUGACGUCUGUCGAUGAGCUUCUUCACGGCCUCUCCAUGAACGCCAAGGUCUCGGCUGCCUCGCCACCCUCGGGUGAGCCUCCUUACACCCCCCCAGCCGAGGUGCUCCCUCCCGACCCAGAGGAUGGGGGUACCACCCUCUGCACCCUUAUCAACAAGGUGUCCAACCUCAAAUUCGCCAACUCGGGCGGCCUCCUGGGUAUCAAGAGCCUGCCAUCGGCUGUCAAAGAUCUGGCUGUGUCCAAGCUGCAAGGGGGUGGGGGUGCAGGUAGCCCUAGUUCCUCUGGCUCAUCUGCGGCCACUGGGGGCAGCUCGUGUGGAUUGGCGUCCUCUGUCUCCCUGCAGGAGCCAGGCUCUAUGAGCACAGGGAAGAAAGGAAGGAUGGAGGAGACACAGCAGGGAGGAGAGGACUGGAACCCAGGCGUUGGAGGUGUUGGUGGUGCUUGCAGGGGACUGGUGAGCAAGCCGUGCCGAGGAUGGCUACAUUCCAGCGAAAAGAUCUCUGGACCUGGAGUGACGUACAUUGUAAAGUACUUAGGCUGCAUAGAAGUUCUUCGGUCUAUGCGAUCCUUGGACUUCAACACAAGAUCACAAAUAACAAGAGAGGCAAUCAGUCUGGUGUGCGAGGCUGUCCCAGGUGCCAAAGGAGCCCUUCGUAAGAGAAAGCCACCAUCUAAAGCUCUCUCAAGUAUUCUGGGGAAGAGUAACCUGCAGUUUGCAGGCAUGACUAUCAAUCUCAACAUUUCCACCAGCAGCCUCAACUUAAUGACUCCCGACUCCAAACAGAUAAUAGCUAACCAUCAUAUGCAGUCAAUAUCUUUUGCAUCAGGUGGUGAUCCGGACACGACUGAUUAUGUUGCCUAUGUAGCGAAAGAUCCUGUUAACCGAAGAGCAUGUCAUAUUCUGGAAUGUUCUGAUGGUCUGGCUCAGGAUGUGAUUAGCACCAUUGGUCAGGCAUUUGACCUCCGUUUCCAGCAGUACCUACAGUGCCCCUCCAGCAAGGUCUCCACUAUACAUGACAGGGUGUUAAGUUUGGAAGAGUCUCCAUGGACGGAAGAGGAGGAAGAACCUCCUGAUCAUCCAUAUUACAACAACGUCCCAGGCAAGAUGCCCCCUCCUGGUGGCUUCAUUGAUGCCAGACUGACCAAUCAGCCACCAGAGGGCAACCAGGGUCCAGGAUCAGUUGACCAGACAUACUAUCAGAGCAGACCCAUGCUCAUCCAACAAGGCUCCUGUGACAUAUACAGUCUGCCUGAGGGGAAGGGUCAGGCACCAAAAACAGGGGACAUUCCCACGUAUGUAAAUACCCAGCACAUAGAUAGCCAGGUGCUGGCAGCGCUGCAAGGUGAAACAGACCUGUCCACUGAGGGAGGCAUUGGAGGGGCAGCCAAAGAUAGUCCACGGAAAGACCUGUUUGACAUGAAGCCUUUUGAAGAUGCCAUCCUGACACAGGUGCCGCCCACAGCCCCGCCCCCUGCCCCUGCCCCCAUGCUACAUAAGGAGGCAUCGGUGGAUAAUUCCAGCCCUUUGCUGGUGCGUUCAGCUGCCUUCAGGGCGCACGAGGAACUGGAAGGUCAACCAUGGUACCACCGUGAGAUGAGCCGUAAAGAUGCAGAAAAACUCCUCAAGGACGAUGGAGACUUCCUGGUACGCAAGAGUACCACCAAUCCAGGAUCCUAUGUCCUGACUGGCAUGCACAAUGGAGUGGCCAAACACCUACUACUGGUGGACCCUGAGGGCACAGUACGAACUAAAGAUCAUAUAUUUGAGAGCAUCAGCCACCUGAUUGGCCAUCAUCGUGACAACAACUUGCCAAUAGUCUCAGCAGGAAGUGAACUGUGUCUGAAACAGCCCGUGGGGAGGAAACAGUGA